UCACACAUUUAUGCAGAGCAGAGGGUCAAGACAGUCCGAACCGUGCGCUUCUCUUCAUUACGCACAGAGAAAUCACACAGAACACAACCCACACCGGCGCCACCGAGCUCACAUCAAGAGCUGUGAAGGGACGGGAUCUAAGGAAAUAAGCGUCACAUUGGAGAAUCAAUCGGGUCUAAAGUGAGUUUUUGUGGAUUCGGUGCGUCUGGAGAGCUGUGAGGAUGCGCGUCUCGGUCCUGCUGCUGCUCUGCGCACUUUACGCAGGAGAAGCGCACAAACUCUCCGCGCUCACGUUUCUGCGUGUGGAGCAAGAUAAAGAAUGCAAUACGGAUUGUUCCAAAACUCCUCGCAAGCAGCUGUGCGCAUCAGACGGACGGACCUUCAGUUCCCGCUGCGAGUUUCUCCGUGCAAAGUGCCGUGACCCUCAGCUGGAGGUCAUACGAGGGCCAUGCAAAGAUACGUCCAGGUGUGUGGCAGAGAAGAAAUACACAGAACAACAAGCCAAGAAACUCUUCCCACAGGUGUUUGUUCCUGUCUGCAAUCCUGACGGAACCUACAGUGAGGUUCAGUGCCACGGCUACACUGGUUAUUGUUGGUGUGUGACACCCAGUGGCAGACCCAUCAGCGGCUCAGCAGUAGCCAAUAAGAAACCUCAAUGCCAAGGGUCCAAGAAUGGUAAAGUAAAUCCGAAGGAACCAGGAAAAUCAGAUCCGCCAGCGAUUUUCAUGGUGGAACCCCAGCCGUCCGCUGAUGAGGAAGACAUCACCUCUCAGUACCCCACACUCUGGUCAGAACAGGAACGUUGCCGAAAAAACAGGACCAGAACACAAUCGACCUCGUGUGAUCAGGAGCAGCUGUCAGCACAGGAAGAAGCAAGACAACAUAAAAAUGAAGCGGUUUUUGUGCCGGAUUGUGCUCACGGUGGUCUCUACAAACCUGUUCAGUGCCAUCCCUCCACCGGGUACUGCUGGUGUGUCCAGGUGGAUACUGGACGGCCCAUACCUGGCACAUCCACAAGAUUCGAACAACCAAAAUGUGACGGAAAUGCCAGAGCCCAUCCAAACAAACCAAAGGACCAUUACAGGAGUAGACACCUGCAGGGUGAGCUUAACUGUCCGCUUAUGAGCUGA